UCUCAUCUUCUUUAAGAGUUUCUGCGCUACGCUAAGAUAAAACUAAAUCGCACGAAAAAGUUCCAAUGAUUAGCUUCAGAUAUUGCUUUUUCUAUAUUAGAAUGCAAAGAAGAAAAUCUAUUAGAUUUAAAAUCGGCAUUGUUUUACUUAUAACUUUGGGUUUUAUUAUUUUAACACCGCCAGAAAAUAUUAAUUACUUCUCACGUUCAAUAAAUGGAUUUCACGGAAGCAAAGUUAUGCGCAAUUCAAAAUAUUCAUGUGAAGUCAAACAAAAAUGCGAUUUCGACGAUUGCGUAAUUAGGCUCCCCGAGUUCACAGCAGCCGACUCAGAAGACGACAACAAACAAGUGUUCUUCGUAGAGUCGUAUAACAAGUCCAAAUUCAAAGGACGCUUCGUAUGCGGCAUGGAAACAGCAGUACAUUUCGCUAACAUGCCAAUUAAAGUUGUAAUGAACUCGCCAUUUUUAAAUUUAUCUCAACCACAAUUGCGGAACUUGGUGAAAAAUUUCAGUCCGCACAAAAUUCAGUUUUACACAAUAAAAGUAGACGAAUUAUUCGCUGACACGCCAAUUGAAGGCAUGUUAGAAGUCGUUAACAUGUCAAAUACGAACACCAAAACACACAUUAGUGAUAUGAUGAGAGCUGCGCUGCUUUACAAAUACGGAGGUUUCUAUCUCGAUUUCGACACUUUAACUCGCUCCGAUUUGACAAAUAUCACAAAUAGCGUAGGCUUAGAAAGUCGUUACUUACCUAGUUUACAGUGUACUCUGCAAUCUAGAGGCAACCAUCAGGGUCAAAAAUCAAAGUGGGUUAAUAACGGGGCCAUGCAGUUUAACAAAGGGAACCCAUUUAUGUGGGUUUAUCUUAAGGAAAUUAAAGAAUUUUAUCACGGCAACAUGGAAUGGCAAGAUGUCGGACCGGUUAUUAUGACCACAGCGGCUAAAAAAUUUCUAAACUACACCGAUUUUUAUCACUUGAUUUGGACGUAUGAGAGCUCGGAACUAUCGAUACUGCCAUCGUUCACGUUUUUAUACAUGGGCAAGCAUAUGACGAGGUUUUACUCGUUUGACGUCAAUUAUGACGCUUCCUUGUGGGAGAGUAUUAUCAGAUGUAGCAGAGUUGUCCACUUAGCGACGCCCUUCUCGAAGUAUAAGCCUGUGACUGGGAACCCAAGGAGAGAUAUCUACUCGUACCUUGGCCCCAAACUCUGUCCCAUGUCAUUAAGAUGUUUGCAAACUUUUUGAUUGAUUUGGUUGGAUUUUAAAAAUAUUAGUUUUGAUGGGAUUUAAAAGUUAUGUA